AUGCGAUUAUAUGCUCUUGAAAUUCUUGUCCUAAUUUUGUUCCCAUUCCGGGUGACCCCAAAAUGGAUAUGUGACGUCACGCUCUUACCAUACACUCCAUGUUGCACAGCCUGACGUCUACGUGUUUCUCUUUCAUCUUCACCAUGACCAUCUACUACUCCCUUACUUUUUUCCUGCUCGCCGCAGAAAUGGGCACCUUCUGCCUCAUCGUGUUGCCUCUGCCACACACAGUCAAGAAGCGUGUCUUCAACUUUCUAUCCACCUCGCCGUUUGUCGCCAAAAUCGCCUAUGCCUUGAAGAUAUCUUUCAUCUUCGUUGGAAUUCUAUUUUUCGACGCUCUUCAGCGAAUGUUCCGUGUUACCGCCGAAGCUGAGCUCGCAAAGUCGGGCCAGCAAGGUGUUUCUGACGUGCGCACGGAGACCAACCUUGCUGCGCGUAAAUUCUAUUCUCAAAGAAACGUGUAUCUUACCGGCUUCACUCUCUUCUUAUCCCUCGUCCUUACGCGUACCUUUUCCAUCAUUCUCGAUCUCAUCCAAGCCCAGGAGGAGCUGUUGAAACACAAAGGCAAUGGUGAUGUUGAGUCAUCGAAGAAGGAGCUGGAGAAGCUGCGAAAGAAAGCAGAUGAAUCGGAUGCCUUGAAGCGCGAUCUAGAGAAAGCAAACAAAGACCUUGAGGCUCUCAAAUCUCAGGCUCUCUCUCAGGCAGCUGAAUACGACCGUUUGUCCGAUGAUUACAACAAGGCAUCCGGGUCAUCUCCCAGGAGCAAGUCAGAUUGAGUGGCCCUCCUAGAACCUCCAACAUGAUCCUUUUCUUUUUGUCCUAAAACGGGAAAUGUACGAUGUCGUUGUACAUAGUAAUCUACGUUGGCUUUGAAUACUAUUGGGGGAACGUCAGUAGUUGAAGAUCGGAUACAUCUGCACCUACAAUGGUAAAUAGCCAACAAUGUCCUUGUCAAUGUUCAAAUUAUGUAAUGUUUCUCUACAUUUUCAGUUCGCUGUUUUCUCGCAGGCAUAUUAAAUUUCAUAAAGAAGUUGACACCGCCAUCAGCUCACGCAGUAACCCACUGCGCCUGAAGCUCUUGAGCUCAUGCGGCGGAGGCGGCAACGCACACGGGCAGACACGAGCGCAAGGUACAAAAAUACCAACCGGAGACCAUUUAUCGUCCUGAACAUCAUGGUGAACAGAACCGUCAAUGCUAAC